UUUCAAUGGCAAAGAAAAAAAAAAAAAGAAACCAGCUAGAUUUUACCAAUAGGAGUUUGAUUAAAUAAGCUGUGAUUAAAUUAAACCCAACUAAAUACAAGGAUUCCAACUAACCUGUGAUUACAUUAAACCUGACUAAAUACAAGUUGGAAUCCUUGUAUUUGGUUGGGUUUAAUUUAAUCACAGGUUAUUUAAUCCAGGAAACGGUUUCCUGUGCUCUGUUUCCAGGUCUACAGUUGGGCUGGUGGUAUGCAAAGGUGAGGAGUUUAAAUAUUCUGUGUUUCAUAGACUCUAAAACUUCCUACAUUUGCUUCUCUAGGCACCAGCUAGUCCAAGAAGCCAAAUUUCUCUGGAACCUUAUUACAGUGGGCUGUUGUAUAACUUCACUGUUUAAGAUAUCUUGGUGACUGCUCACUCACAUUAAACCAAAUUAGGUCUUAAGGCAGAAUGGGAAAAGUGAGAAGCACAAAAAAAAAAAAUUGUGAAAAACAGUGAAUAACUUGAAAUAUUACCGAAAUCUCUUGACAUUUGUUGUUUCAAUGUUAUGGUAUUAAAACUGGAAAGAAGUACAAGUGAGUUUUUUAGAGGAAGGAACAUUGGAAUAUCAUGUGAGAUUCCGUGGAACGUUUAAAGGUCUAGAAAAAGGAUUCAUGGUAAUUUACCAGUAUCUUUGUUACAGUGCCUCUAUCUAAUUUUGAACAAAAGUUUUGUGUCUUUUUCUGCCUUAAGAAUAAGUUCUCAGUGCUCUUGGUGCUGCUUCUGUGCUCAUUCAGUGCGGACCUGGUACCUCUUUUGUGAAGCAGCAGCUGAGGAGACUACAGGGCGCAUCAUGGCUGACAACAAACCCAAGGAAGGAGCCAAGACUGAAAACAACAAUCGUAUUAAUUUGAAGGUGGUGGGGCAGGAUGGCUCUGUGGUGCAGUUUAAGAGACAUACAACACUUAGUAAACUAAUGAAAGCCUAUUGUGAACGACAGGGUUUGUCGAUUAGGCAGAUCAGAUUCCAGUUUGAGGGGCAGUCAAUAAAUGAAAGAGACACAAUUGCACAACUGGAAAUAGAGGUUGGAGAUACAAUCGAUGUGUUCCAGCAGCUGGCAGGAGGUGUCUUCUAAAAAGGGAGCCUGCUACUUUACUUCAGAACUCUGUGCCUGCAGACCAAGAACACAUUCUCAAUUAGAAAACCACAAUUUGGCUCCACCACAUCCUGA